GUCUACUGGCGCUACAUACGGUAUCUCCCAACUUUAACAAACUUUGCUGGACAAAGCAGCUCUCCAGUGUGAAAAGCAGGACGCAGGGCUGCAGGAGGCACGCCACACGAAUGCAUUCAUGAGCCUGCGGCAAAGGAGAAUUUUCUUGGGGAACGGAGCAAGGACCAGCCAUACUGCUUUGCUUUGUAGAGCAUUUAAAGCAGCAGGCUGACAAGUUUUUGGAAAAUUGCCCUUUUCAAAGGAUCACCGUCGAAAUCUUAACAUCUGCUUGACAAGGGUGGUGGUCACGCCCCUUGUCGCCGUCGGUUCAGGAUGCUUGCGUGCCAGCAUGGAUGUGGUGCGGGGGCUGGCAUGAUGAUGUGCUGUCAGUUGGGUGCGCCGCAUGAGCGGGGGUUGCCCGCCAAGCCUGUGCCUCUUCUCGCCGAUGGGAGUGGCGGUGGUAUGAGUCACCUCGAGAGGAGACCCUUCUUGGGGCACCGGAGCUUUCUCCUGAACAAUGGGGCACGAGAGGGUUGUCGCAUCACUUGCGCAGCAGAAGCAGCCAGCAGUGGUGCCCGCGAGCUGACUGCCUAUGAGAAGAUGCUGCGGGACCAGGAGGAGAAGAAGCGCGAGCGCACCGGUGUGUACCGCGAGCCGCCAGAUGUCCAGCCGCUGAGCGCUGAAGACGCGCAGCACCUGCUAGCGCUGGACCGCCCCGACCUGAGCGCUCCAGUGGAGUUUCCGCUCGAGUGGCGCCUCUCGCGGCGGGAGACCCCCAGCAACCCGCACAUUGACGAGAUGUCAGGCGAGCAGGGGGCAGAGGAGGUGGUUCCGCUCAACAGGUUGCCGUCCAAUGCCAACAGACUCCGCUCGGUUGAGGAGCGCUGCAAACUCCGUGUCAGAAGAAACAUCUCCCAGGCGGAGCUGAGUGCGAUGGGGGUGGCGGAGUGGCCCGAGUACUCGUGGAGCCAGCCUGUGGAGCUGGGGCUCGUGUAUGACAGAGUCCCCGAGGCGUGCUACAUCGAGCACGGCCGCGUGCGCCUGCGGUCGCCGCAGGCCGAGGAAAACGACUUUUGCGAGCUGGCCGCAGGAGACUUUGUCCGCUUCCCUAAAUACUCCUCCUUCCUGUGGGAGAUUGUGGAGGCGCCGCUGGUGCGGCGGUAUAAGUUCCUCAUCGAUCUUCCCCCGCCCCCUGACCCAGCGGAAGUGCUGCGCCUGCGGUUGCACGAGAAGAAGAUGCAAGAACAGCAAUUAAGAGCGGAAGUGAGGUACAAGAAAAAGCCCAUGAAGGGAAGGGAGAAGCAGAUGCGGGUAGCAGAAGCCGAGAUGAGGAAAGAGUUGAUGGACCUUCGCACAGGGGCCGACAGAAGUUCGGAUUGAUGCCUUUAGACGGCAGCCAACGCUCGGCAUCCAAAACAUUGCACGGCGCAGGCGGAACAUAAAAGUUCGUGCUUCUCCGCGUAGUCUCGGACGGUUUUGAAGGGUGGACCCUGACUUUGAUUCUGACUAAUGAUCGUCAUGAACACGAUCCGCUUAAUGAUUGCUUUUCCAGUCAACCAUCAACUUACCCG